UAUUCUUCGAACAUCUCUCUCUCCUCCAUUUCAGUCCGUGCUCAUCUUCCUCUGUUCUGUCUGCACAGGACGACUUGAUUUAGGGUUUGAUCAACAUCAUCAUCUCUCUUUCCUUCCUGCUAGAUCUGGAUUCCUUGCUUGAUUUCCGAUAAAAGAAGAUCGUUCAGGAAACUAAAUUCAAGUUAUUCAAGGAUGUUUUCAUGUUGUUGAAGGGUGGCACCAUGUAUAUGAUUAUCAGCUUGGAAAGAGAUAAUGUCUGAACUGUUCUGAUAUUUUAUAUAUUACAAUAUGGAUGAUGAUAAUGGACUAGAGCUCAGCCUGGGUCUAUUUUGUGGUGGCUCAUCUGCCAAACCCAAGGGUAAGAAUGGUGCCAUCUCAGAUACCAGGACAGAAGAAGUUGGUAGGGGCGGAAAAAUGGUUGAUGAAUUUAAAAGCUUUUUUCAGACUGAUUCCCAGAAGCAAGACUUAGUUGCUGGUACUCAUAGAGCAGAUCCCCCAAAACCAGAGGAGAACUUCUUUAAUGACCUUUCCAAGGACAAAGAAGGUGAAGCCUCUGCGAAUGUAAAUGGGAGAGGACUUUGGCUUGCCAACAGUAGUAAAAGUGUUGAAAUUGAGGAAGAUAAACGGUUAGAGGUGGGUAAUAAACGAAAAAUGAUGUUUGAUGAGAUAAAUCAUCAGAAGAAGCAUGAAAGUGAAGCCAUUCAUGACAAGGCUAGAGCAUCACACAUAUCUCUAACAGAAGAUGGCUCAGCUGCAGAAAAUGAAGAUGUGGCAGAUUCUGAAGCCGAGAACUUAACCUCUAGGCCCACCUUAUGCCAUGACGAUGGUUCCAAACGACUUACUAGAGUUGGUGGUUCUUCUGAUGCUCUAAAAGAGAUCCGAGGUGGUCCUGACUUGAGUCCUACUGAUGUUAGUGGGCAAAAGAGGUUUACUGGUUCAUCAGAAAAUGAUUUUAAGCUUGCAAAUUUGAAUUAUGGUGCUUCCUUCCCUGUCCAACAAGUAAAUGUGAUGAAUGUGCCUUAUCCACCACCUAUAAAAGAAUCUAACUCUGUUGGUGCAUCGGGCCCUCCAAUACCUGGAGUGAUGCAUGUGAUGUCUGCUGCAGCUGGUGAACGCCCAGGAGCUCAACCUUUGAAUAAUGGAAACUUGCCAGUGAUGUUAGGUUAUCCUUCUGUUCAGCUUCCAAUGUUGGAUAAAGAGAACUCAUGGGGUUUGCUUUCGCAUCCUCAACAAGUACAUCCUUCCUUUGCUGGAAGGGCUCCACCAAAUUCAGCUGCCAUACAAUUAAUCUCAAAUAAUUUAUCAGAGGCCAUACCACGCGAAGGAAGGCUCCUAGAUCGAACAAAAGUUGAUGGAAAACAGCACAUGGCCGAAGAAGGUGCUCCAUCACAGGCUGAAGAUGUGAAAGGAAGCAGCACAAACCUCAGGGCAAAAGAUGUGCCUGACCAAUCAGCAGGAGAAAGUUUCUCCAUUGAUUUUUCAGCUAUCAAGCCAGGUCUUGCUGCCGAUUUGAAAUUUGGCGGGAGCGGUUCUUAUCCUAGCCUACCUUGGGUUUCCACAACUGGUUCAGGCCCUAAUGGUAGGACUAUAUCUGGUGUAACUUACAAAUACAGCACUAACCAAAUAAGGAUAGUUUGUGCAUGUCAUGGUUCUCACAUGUCGCCGGAGGAGUUUGUCCAGCAUGCAAAUGAAGAUCUUCCUAACAUGGAGGGUAGUGCAGUCUUGGGGACAAAAGCAAAUGGAAAUUCUGCAGCCUCCGCUCACAGCUAAGCUAAUCCUGUAUCAUCCAUUCUAUCUAUGAACAAAUCAACAAUUAUCUCUUUUGUUAUUUGCCUCUUUGCAACUGGAAUCAACGUGGCAGUUGUAUGAAAUAAUGGUCCACCAUCAAUUUUCUUCUGUCAAAUAGUUAAUUAAGCUUCUGAUGUUUAUGUCACAGCCUGAUUUAUCCUUUGAGUAAUAUAUAGUAAUUGUCUUGAGAAGAA